AUGAAGUGGACAGCAUUUUUGUUACUUUGUGCUAUUCUAGCCAGCGGUGUCAACUGCAAGGCUGUGGAAGAUAUUGCGGUGGAAACCAACGACCAUAAAAAUCCUGAUCUAAUUGACUACACUGACGCAUCUCCAGAUGAUUUUACCCUUGAAAAGUUAACAGUAGAAAAAAAUUUGACUCGUGCUGAAAUUUAUGAAACAGUUGAAACAGAAAGCCACGCACCAAACCAGACAGCGCGGAUUGUUGGAGGUACAUCUGCUUCAACCGGAGAUUUUCCGUACUUUGCACUUGUAGCAUCAUUGAAGCCGGAUGGCAGUACCACUUCCAUUUGCGGAGGUGCAAUUUUGUCAGAGAUCUGGAUAUUGACCGCAGCUACCUGCGUUUCCGGGAAUACUGGAACUAUAGUCUUUCCCGGAUUAGUAGCAGAACCGUCCGAGACUGAUACCAGAAAAACAGUUGCUAACGUUUACAUCCCAAGCACCUUCAGAUACAACUUUAAACUGAACAACAUUGCACUGCUAAGGCUAAGUAGCGCAUUGACUCUCAGUGGCUCUAUUUCCCCCAUAAAAAUAUCAAAAAAUACUGCCUCCUUGGACAAUGUUUCCGUUCGCACGAUGGGAUUAGGCGCUACUUCUGAAAGCACAUCUAUUGGUACAGCACUACUCUAUGCUGACAUAAAACAAUUAACCAGAAGCUACUGCGACACUCUGAUGUUGGAAGCUUAUUACCAAUACCCUGUCAAUACGGCGUGCUUGGAAACCAGCUCGGGUAAAAAGAACAUCUGCUAUGUUGAUGUUGGCGGCCCAGUGGUUUACACCUACCCUGGGGAAUCUUCUGCCACGCUGGUGGGAAUAAACAGUGAAAUUGUUUCUUGUACAUCGGUAUAUCCGAGCGCCUACACCAAGGUGCAGCCCUACGUCAGCUGGAUCACAUCAAUUACCAAGAAGUCCUUCCAGUAA